AAACCAGAUUUCGAACACUGUCGGUGUUCUUCUCAACGCAGGCAGUGGUACUUUUAACGCUCAAACUACUUAUCCAGUUAGCAGUAGCCCAGUUCCUGUAGCAGUCGCCGAUGUUAAUAGCGACAAUAAACCCGACAUUAUUUAUGCAAGCUAUGCUUCGAACAAUACCGGUGUUCUCCUCAAUACAGGCACUGGCACUUUUAAUGCUCAAACCACUUAUCCAGUUGGUACUAAUCCAGGUGCCGUAGCAGUCGUAGAUGUUAAUAACGACAGUAAACCUGAUAUUAUUGUUGCAAACCAGGGUUCGAAUACCGUCGGUGUUCUUCUCAACACAGGCAAUGGCACUUUUAAUGCUCAAGUUACUUACCCAGCUAAUGGCACUCCAACUUCAGCAGUCGUCGUCGAUGUAAAUAGCGACAGUAAACCUGAUAUUAUUGUUGCAAACCAGGGUUCGGCCACCAUCGGUGUUCUUCUCAACACAGGCAGUGGCACAUUCGCUACUCAAAUUGCUUACGCAGUUGGUACUAGUCCAAAUUCACUAGCUGUCGUCGAUGUAAAUAGUGACAAUAAACCCGAUAUUAUUGUUGCAAACUCUGAUUCGAACACCAUCAGUGUUCUCUUGCAUUGUUAG